GGAGCAUGCAAUGCGGUGACUACAAAGGACUGUUUGCAGUGAGUAAAGCAUGCUGAAUCUUAUUGGGAGAGAUGCAUUCAGAAAGAAAAGGGCUUAAAAUAACUAAUGCCAUAUUCAACCGCUGGUUCUCGUUACCUUUUCCUACGUACUAAAUAUGAUAACCAUAACAAGGGAACAAGCUAUAUGCAUGCUAUAUUGUGUAGCCUUUAACGAUGAAAAUGUCAAGAAAUUUGUACCAACUAUUGAUGCACUGAAGAGUUUGGAGAUCUGCUACAAGGAGGAUCCCAUGGAGCCAAUGGUGAUCUGCAUUUACAAAAUAAAUGCCUAUCCUUUCCUUUUCCACUCUAUGAUCCAGUAACAUUUAAUAUAUUCUUAUAGUCUCUAAAGCACAAGUAGCCAAUUUUCUUAAUAUUGUAUUUUUGCCUGCCAACCCAUUCAACGAAGAGCCGUAUAACUGCAAACAACUGGAUCGAAAAGGUGGUAUGGACAGAAAAUAGUUUUUCUGGUUUCGCUUUUCCUUUUCGUGUAAAUGUACUGCCUGGAAUAAUUGUAAAAG